UCCUUUUUUCUAAUCGACAUUUGUCUUCCUUUCGUCAUCUCUUCUUUUCUCUCACGAAUUCUAUUCUCAUUAUGUUCACUAUUCUCAUCAUCUGAUAGUUCAAGAGGAGGAGAAAAUACUCACUCAUAGUACUCACUCCUCCCACCUCUCACUCCAACAUCUUACACCAGUGGUUUUUUACUCUUUGUUACAUCUUCAUCUUUAUCCUCCUCCUUAUCCUCUCUCUCUCUCCCUCUCUCUCUUUCUCUCUCAUCCUCUUCGUCAUCUUGAUACUUCAAUCGCUUUCCUCUCUGUCCACUUGGCGAUUAUCUUCAAACAAUAAUAAUUCUGAUUCUUAGUUAAAGUGCUAACUCUCAAAGUCGGCACUCACCAUUAACAAGAUACUCUCAUCAUAUAACAUAAAACUUUUUUCUACAUAGAAUUUCAAUCUAAACUGUUAACCAUAUUAAAUAUACUUCUCACUUUACCAUCUCAAUUAGUUAAAAUCAUGAAAUAAUUAUCGUUGUCGAUUUGAAUUCUUAUUAUUAUUUUAAUUUCGAGUUAACAAUUUGUAUUGUUUAUCAUUUAACUUUCUUUCCUUACGCGACAACAUUUUAAUUGAUAAACGAUAAUGUCUGUCGACAGUAUUGAUGAAAAUGGUUCAAGUGCCAAAGUUUCAAUUGGUUUCAGUGUCUCAGAUAUUUUAAAGUUACCUUCAAAUAAACAGAAAACUAAUUGUUCCAACGAUAUAUCAACAUCAUCAUCACCAAUAUCAUCGACAACAACAACAACAACAACAACAUCACCAACCCUUGGAAAAGUUAAAUCAUCAUCUUCAUCCGAUGAAAAUUGUGAUUCAUCUGAGAAAAUUAACCAAUCAACUAAUCCGUUAAACGAGAUUACAAUUAAAUCAGAGGAUUCAUCUUCUUCCUCCUCAUCAUCUCCAAUCAACGGUGAAUCAAAUAAUGAUAAUAAUAUUAAUUCAUCGCCAAUCAAAUUAACCAACACAACCAAUCACUUCAAUUCACCGUUAUAUUAUUACGAUAAUCCUUAUGAUCGUGAUCGUCUUAUUGAAGUAUCAAGUAACCUCAAGAAUAGUUUAAUUUUGGGUCAUCAUCAUCAUCAUGUUGUUCAUCAUCCUCUUCCUCCUCAUUUACCUCUUCCACCUCUACCAGGAUUAGCGAGUUCUCAUCCACCACCACCACCACUACCACCUCCUCCUCAACCCUCUCAAUCCUCAACAAUACCAACAACAACACCAACAGUUCCUCAUCAUUCGGGAAUCUCUCUCUCCGAGCCAGUUGAUUUGGGCAAAUUUAGAUUGUCUUCUCAACAAUCAGGCCAAAUUUCACCUUCCGGAUUAACUAAAGAUUCAACUCAAUUAUCCCCAAUCUCAACUUCUUCCGGUCAAAGUCCUGAAACAAUUAAAACCCAUCAUCAUAAUCUUCAUCAUCAUCAUCAUCUUGCUAACCUUCAAUCUCAUCCAUUGCAUCAUUUCACAUCAACAUUAAAUAGUUACACCAAUGGACAAUCACCAAAUAAAUUAUUAUCUUCAUCUUUAUUGUCUAAUCAUGAUCACCAUCAUCAACCACCUUCCCAUCAUAAUCAUCAUCAACAACAGCAAAGGCAACAAGCAAGUUCACCUGAAAGUCUAAUUGAUGCUUCUGACAAUUCAAAUCUAUCAAUUGACUCACAUUCAGAUGAGAUGUCAACACCUCGACAAACCGAGAGUCGUGAUCACCAUGAUUUUGAUCGUGAUUGUGAUUACGUUAAUAAAUUAUCAUCAGGUGAAAGUGACCAUCACCAUAAUCACCAUCAUCGGCACCAUUCAACCAAUAUAAAUGGUGACCAUCAACCCUCAUCAAAUACUGGACCCUCGGGAGUAUCUAGGGGAACCAAAAAGCGAAAACGUCGAGUUUUAUUCUCAAAAAAUCAAACCUACGAAUUGGAGAAACGAUUUUGUCAACAGCGAUAUUUAUCAGCUCAAGAGCGUGAGAUUUUAGCGUCUACUAUACGACUUACGCCGACUCAAGUAAAAAUUUGGUUCCAAAAUCAUCGUUACAAAACGAAAAGAGCUCGACAAGAAAAGGGUCUAGAUGUUAAUCCACUUCCAUCUCCUCGUCGAGUGGCCAUUCCAGUUUUAGUUCGAGACGGUAAACCAUGUCCGACCUCUUCUUCAACAGGAUCGGGUUCGGGAUCAUCUUCAACAUCGUCAUCAAUGAAAAACGAUAUUUCUCGUUGUAAUUCAUUCACCCAUUUAGGAAUCGGUGGCAGUGCAAAUGGUGGGACACUUCACGGAAUCGGUGGUAUUCCCAGUUCGGUGGGUCUUGUUUCUAGCGCAAAUACAUUAACCUCGGCAAACUUUUCGCCCUUAGCUGCUUCUCUGAAAGCGGGCUCAUUUAUCAACCCAUUCAGUGUGAAUAUCAUGUCAGCUGCCGCAGCCGCUGCCGCUGCGGCCUCAGGUCAUCCACUCAUCCACCAUUCAUGGUUCUAGCAAUAUGAUUAACACCCACCAAUUAACAAUCAUCAUGGUACAAUUGAUCAGAGUGAAAUUUGCAUUUCUGGUUGCGUUUUAAUUUACCAUAAAAAGAAAAAGCCUCUUCUUUCAUCAUAUCAUUUCAACAACAGAUUAAAACGAAUCAAAUUUGAAAUCAAAUGGAAUAUAAAUUCAUAUCAUCAUCAUCAUAAUCUUAAUCGAAAUUCCCCUUGUGUAUUGAUUUAAUUUCUUCUGAAAUUGUCUCAUGGUUUCUUCAUUCGCCUCGAAAGUAUAACGUUAUUCAGUAUGUUCAAUAUCCUCUUCGUUAAUCAAGGCAUCAUCAUCAUCGUCAUCUCACCUUUAGGGAAUCGUGCCUUAAUUGUUCAUCAUAUUAAUUCAAUUAACCAUUAACACCAUCAUCAAGCAUAUUGAAUCAGUUACUAUGAGAAUCAAUUAUAUUUGAUUUUUGUUAAUCUAUUCAACGGUUUUCCCGGUCAUUAAUUUCCCACUUUAAUCAUAUUCUGAAUCCUUUAACCUCCUUCAUCCUCAUCAAUUUGUAUUAUAAAUCUAAGUUUGAAUGGAGAUCUCUCUCUCUCUCUCUCUCCCUCACUCUCUCCCUCUCUUUCUUUGUCUCUGUCUAUCAUUUCCUCUAGUCAAUUAUUCAAAAUAUUGUCACAAUUAAUUCAGUUUGUAAAGAAACAAAAAAACAAAGACAGAAAAUAAAUCAACAAUCAACAAAUCA